AUGCCUUAUCGUUUGGAAACUGAAUUACUUGAAGGUUUCGAUAAUGCAAAAGAGGCGUUUUUACAUCGAGAGAAUCGUUUGAAGGAAAUGAGCAGAGCGCUGCACAUGAAGGAGCAUCCCGACUAUAAAUAUCGGCCGCGUCGCAAGCCGAAGACACUCAACAAAUCGCCUGCGUCUAGCUCCGGCGUGAAUGGCACACAAAAGGAGUCGCAACACACCCAUCUGGGCACGUCAGCCGCGGCUGCAGCGGCAGUCGUUGUUGCCCACCAUCAACAACAUUCGCCCACAAGUCAUCAUCAUAUUGUCAAUGCGGCCAAGUAUGGUUUUGGCGCAACACCUCUAGAAUUGACAUUGAAUAUGCCGUCACGACAUAUACCGGGCGCUUUUCCGGCAGCGACAGCGCUAACCCACUACCCUCUGGAUCCAACCAUAGCACUCGAUUUGCAGGCCCGUCUACAAGCCAUGUACGCCGGUAGUCUAUAUCAUCCAUGGCGAUACUUUGGUUGCGCACCGCUCAUUAGCCCUGAGACACCGCCAUCACCGCCCAGCAGCAACGGUACGGGCAGCAUCGCUUCAUCAUACGGUUGUGGCAUCAAGUCAGCCAAAUCUUCACCCACGCUGGCCCUGUCCGCGGGCAGUCAAGCACCGCCCAAUAUUAUUUGACCAACUCCUUUAAGGUUUGGUGGGAGCUCCAUGGGUAAUACCGCCAUUGCGGUGGUUGCUGAACCGGCUAUGUAGAUUAUUAUUUAAAAUGUAAAUGCUAGCGUAUGCGUAAGUAAUCCUACUCGUAUUUUUAUUGAGUAUAUGUAAGUAUAGUAUGUUUUAGCUGCUAAGACUUAUUACUCCAAAGUGCUUACAAGUUGCAAUUUCAAAUUAAAUACUUCAAAUGUUGUUCAUAUGUAAAUUGUGAAUGUAAAUUUUAUAAAUUUGAUUGCGAGAACCAUAAAGUUCUUAACUGAUGAGAUGAUUUAUUGAUAUUUGGUCAUAUAACCUUAUAGAAGUUAUACAUUUAUUGCCAACUUUUUUAUUUUCCUACAUUCAUCGCAUUUAUGUCAAAAAUCAUAUUUUCUUUA